AUUAAGAGCUACCAAGUCCUAUCAGUUCUACCUUCGUCAUUCCCGCGUCCCUGAUCGGAUUCAGUCCUCUCUUCGACUCUGGUUUCCUUACUUCCUGGAGUCUCUGUAAAUGUCUGUUUAGACGUAUUCCCAUCUCUUCCUCCUUCUUCUUUCUUAAUAUUUAUUUGGUUCCUGGAAAAAGAAACCCAUUUUUUGUGCUCUUUAUUUUACAUCUAUGAUUAAAUUGUUGAAACCUCAGUCAUUUCGCGGCGCCAUCCAAGGCGGACGGCCAAAUGUGAGAGAAUCACUUUGUUCAUGCUUCAGGAAUGAAGACGCGGGAAACGACUGCAUAAGCUUCCUGUACAGGCAAAAUCUUUACUGGGAAGCUCUUGAAGCAUUCGACUUUAUGCAAAAGAACACUAGUUUUCGGAUAAAAUCGAGUACUUAUGCACAUUUAAUCUGUGCCUGCGCUUCUUUGAGGUCUCUAGAGCAAGGCAGAAGAGUUCAUAAUCAUAUUUUGAGAUGCAACGUUCAGCCAGACGUUGUUCUUCAUAAUCAUAUUCUAAAUAUGUAUGGGAAAUGUGGGUCAUUGGUGGAUGCCAGAAGGGUGUUUGAUGUUAUGCCUCAAAGAAAUGUGGUGUCUUAUACUUCUGUGAUUGCCGCGUACUCUCAGAAUGGUCAAGAGGGGGAUGCUGUUAAAUUGUACUUUGAAAUGCUACAAUCAGGUCUAGUGCCGGAUCAGUUUACCUUUGGAAGCAUUGUAAAAGCUUGCCCUGGUCUGGGUGAUGUUGGUUUGGGGAGACAAGUACAUGGCCAUGUUCUAAAAUCAGAGCUUGGUUCUCAUCUUAUAGCACAAAAUGCUCUCAUUGCAAUGUAUACUAAGUUUGAUCAAAUCUCCGACGCAUGGAAUGUGUUUUCUCGUAUUCCAGAAAAGGAUUUAGUUUCAUGGGGUUCAAUCAUUUCUGGCUUUUCACAACUUGGUUAUGAAACAGAAGCAUUGAGCCAUUUUAAAGAAAUGCUCUUUCAGGGUGCUUACGAGCCCAAUGAGUUUAUAUUUGGUAGUGCUUUUAGUGCUUGUGGCAGCCUACUUCAACCAGAAUACGGGAGGCAGAUACAUGGGAUGUGCAUAAAAGUUGGUUUGGAGAGAGACAUUUUUGCAGGAUGCUCUGUCUGUGACAUGUAUGCAAGGUGUGGUUUUCUGGAUUCUGCAAGGACAGUAUUUUAUCAGAUAGAAAGGCCAGAUUUAGCAUCCUGGAAUGCUAUUAUUGCGGGACUUGCUAAUGGUGGUCAUGCCACUGAAGCUAUAUCUUACUUUUCUAAACUAAGACAUAUGAGGAUUAUCCCAGAUGAUGUUACUGUGCGUUCUUUACUUUGUGCUUUUACCAGUUCUUUGUCACUCUCUCAAGGUAAGCAGGUGCACUCCUACAUUGUUAAAAUGGGUUUUGAAUCAUGGACCACAGUAUGCAAUGCUCUACUUACCAUGUACGCAAAGUGUUCUAAUCUCCACAAUGCACUUAUUGUGUUUGAAGAAAUGGGGGACAAUGUAAAUUCUGUUUCAUGGAACGCCAUUCUUACAGCAUGUAUGCAGCAGAAUCAAGCUGCAGAAGCUUUGAGAUUGUUGAAGUUAAUGCUUGUUUCUCAUAGCACGAUAGACCAAAUUACCAUGACAAUCGUACUAGGUGCUUGUGCAGAAGUAGCAUCUCUGGAAAUGGGGAAUCAAAUGCAUUGCUUUACUAUAAAAUCUGGACUUUUGCUUGAUGUUCCUGUCGUGAAUGCAUUGAUUGACAUGUAUGCUAAGUGUGGAUCCCUUGUAAUGUCUAGAAAACUUUUUGAUUUAAUGGAGACUCCUGAUGUUGUCUCAUGGAGCAGUUUAAUAGUGGGGUAUGCUCAGUUUGGAUAUGAUGAGGAAGCUCUCAAAUUAUUCAGGACUAUGAGAAGUUCAGGAGUCAACCCAAACCAAGUAACAUUUUUAGGAGUCCUUACUGCUUGCAGUCAUGUAGGACGUGUUGAAGAAGGUUGGCAUUUCUAUAGAACUAUGGAAACAGAAUAUGGGAUUGUUCCUACUCAGGAGCACUGCUCUUGUGUAGUUGACAUGCUUGCUCGUGCUGGACAUCUAAAUGAGGCUUUAGAUUUUAUCAACCAAAUGAAAUUUUAUCCUGACAUAGUGGUGUGGAAGACUCUGCUAGCUGCUUGUAAAACCCAUGGAAAUGUUGAUAUUGGGAAACAGGCAGCAGAAAACAUUUUAAAGAUGGAUCCCUCCAACUCUGCUGCUCAUAUAUUACUUUGCAACAUAUAUGCUUCUUCUGAAAAUUGGGGAGAUGUAGCUAACUUAAGGAGCUUGAUGAAACAAAAGGGUGUCAGGAAAAUGCCAGGUCAGAGCUGGAUUGAGGUAAAGAGUAGUGUCCAUGUUUUCCUUGCGGAAGAUGUUUUACACCCAGAAAGGGAUAAAAUAUACAGAAUACUAGAAGAGUUGUGGUUGCAAAUGCUAGAUGAUGGUUACGUUCCUUCCAGAAAUAGACUAUGUGGUGAACCAGGAUAAUAGUGAAAAAGCAAAGAUGACCCGCAAUGUUCAGAAUUGUGGAAUACCUUCUUGGGUCCUCUAGGAAAAGAUGCUUAACCUGAAGCCCACACGGCUGACAAAUGGACACAGGAAUCAGAAAGACUUGUCUGGAAAACCUCGGUGGUAUUCUGAAUCCCCUAGCAUUCACCUUAUAAG